UGAAGCCCCUCGCAACUGAUACUCUCACAAACCAAUCGUGUCUCCGUUCAUCUGUUCUCGAAAUACCCGAGAGCCAAUGAACGGGAGCGGGGGGAAGGACGAGGGACCAGCUGAACUUAGGAGAAGUGGAUAUGCCCUGGGGAUUCUCUCUGCUUGCCAAGCUGCUGCAGGGCCGGUAACCCUUAGCUUUUUUUGCGCGCACUGGACUCGCCAGCCGCGCUGGUUCCGGCCUCAAGUGCCUCUGGUGCUGUUGUCAAAAUGGUGAUCAAAGUGUUUGUGGCAACGUCCUCGGGGUCGACGGCGAUUAAAAAAAAACAGCAAGAAGUAGUAGGCUUUUUAGAGGCCAACAAAAUUGAUUUUAAGGAAAUGGACAUAGCCUGUGAUGAAGACAACCGGAAAUGGAUGAGAGAAAACGUUCCGGGUGAAAAGAAGCCACAAAACGGGAUCCCUCUCCCUCCCCAGAUAUUCAACGAGGAACAGUAUUGUGGGGAUUUUGAUUCAUUUUUCUGUGCAAAAGAAGAAAAUUACAUUUAUUCAUUCCUAGGAAUUGCUCCUCCACCAGGCUCAAUGGAAGGGAGGAUUACAGAGGAGGUACCAACUGUGCCAAAUGGGGAUAUUUCUGGAGAAGAGCACAAAAUUGCAGAGGAGACUGAAAAAUCUUCAGUUACUGAAGAAAAUGAGAUACAAGCAGAAGAUGACACUGAGGCCAAGGCUGAGGCUACUAAAGAACAGGAACAAGAUGAAGAACAGCCAGCAACAGAAGAAGUAAAAGAAGCACAGGAAGAAGAGGAAGAGGUAGGAAAAGAAGAGGAAGAAGAGAAGGAAUCUUAGUACAUUUGUUUGAUAUUUUUUUCUUCAAAAGAUAUUUCAGGAACUGGGAGUUGAUGGCAUCACUGCAGAGUGAAGUGGAAAACAAUCACUUUCCCUCCACGAAAAUAUUACUGCAUUUCUAUGCAACUCCAGAUAUCAGCACAGAUAUAAUCUGAGACAAUAAGCAGCUCCACAUGUGAACUUUCUAUAUAAAUAUUGUUAUUGUGUUGUGUGUGUACAGCUGUUUGUGCUAUUCUGCCUUUGUGUCCAGUGGGGCUUCAGAUCUUGAUGAUCAACAAGCAUUAUGAGACUGAUGUUAUGAUAUGCAGCUCCUCUGGGCAGGGAUUGGUUCGGUCUCCAUAUUGGUAUCCUGACAGGUACACGCUAGCAAUGCUCAGAAUUGAUGGCCAGACCAUUCUGAACUGGAAACUCCCAAGGAAGCUCUCCAUGUAUGUGCCACAACUUGCUUGUCCCUAAAGUAGUCUUAUAAUGUACAGCAAUUGAAAUAAACACUUUUCAUGCCAACUGCCUGCUUGUGCCGUACAAGCAUUAAUUUGUCAAUGUAAGUGAUACAAUUAGAAAACUAAAAAUCAUUCAUUAUUUCUUCCCUUAGAAAAAGUUCUGUGUGGUGAUCUCCCCUUCCCCCCUCUAUUUUUGUGCCAGUUUUACACUAAUUUACAUUUUCUUGUCAUAAUUCCAUUUUUAAUAGAGGCAGGCCUUUUCAAAAGAUACUAAUCACUGUAUCAGUGUAAGUGAAUAAGUUGGAAUGUUAGGUUUCCCUUCUGCUAAUAAAAUAUUACAGAAGGCUGAAACUAUCUGAAGAAAAUUGAUGGAGGGCAAAAUCUUAUAACCCAUUCUCUUGCAAACCCUGUUGUGCUUUGUGGGAAGCUGUGGAGGUUAAUGGAAAACUAUUACUCAUUGGCAAAUAAACUAAUUAAAUCACCAUAAAGAAAUUAACUGUGACUAUCCCCCCCCCCCCAAAAGCAUGAUGUGAUUACAAUAAGGUUAUACAUAGGAAAAGCAAUCAAAUAUCUCAUUUGAUUUUUGCAAUUUAAUGACUUUAGUCACAGCAGAUGGGGCACAGGGAGGAUCAGACUAGAAAGUAUGCUGGAGAUCCAUAGACUCCUGUCAGUUUUAGUAAUAUGCUAUUAAUCAGCCUAGGGUCAUGGCUAAAGAGGCUUUUAAGCUGAGCUUGUCUCCUGCUGACUGCACUCAUAGUUUUUUUGACAGUGUCAUGGAAGUCCUUUGCCACUGCUUUCUUCUGGGAUGGCUUUUCAACUUUCCAGUCUACCCUAUCCUCCGAAAUCCCCUUCUGUAGUUGCUCAGGUGCUAGCUAGGACCAACCCCCCCUUGCCUUCUAAGUUCAGCCAAGGUCAUCUAGGUACUGUUACUUGCUCUGGCAGGGUAGUGGUGAAAGUGUUGGAAUUAGACCAGGAAGACUCAGGUUUGAGUUCCUGUCUAGCCUAUCUCUCCAGCUAGGAUUUUCUCACAAGGUUAUUGUGUUAAGUACUUGGGGUGCUUCUUCAGGUGAAGGUUAAUUGGAAGAGAAAAGGAUUAGAAAUCUUAUUUCCCAUAUCGUGAUUCUAUCCAAACUCAGCCUUUGUAAUUUGAAAGUGAUAUGGGAGAGAAGAAGUUGAAAAUGAAGCAGUGAAAAAGGAAGAUAUAACCCUCCCUGACCUGUGUGCUGCGGUACUUACCUUGAUCUUGCUUGCUGAGUUGAGAAUAAGUGAAAAGAAGUACAGCAACAACAUACUAUAAUUAACUCUACAUGUAGUUUCUCUUUUAGCCAUUGGGAGUCAUUGUAGUCCUCAGGACGCACCCACAGUGUAAAACUUCCCAAGCAGAAGAAUCCUAUUUGGGUGAAAACAAUCAGAACUGCUGCUGUUUAUAGCAGGUGAUGGAUCAGCACAACGGUUCUAACUUCUGUACACUCCCUAUAAUUAGCUACAUAAAUCGUUGAAGAUAUGAAGGAACAUUGAAAUUGCUGUAGGAUUGCUUAUAUAAAUUAACGGUGCAGGAACUGUGGCUACCCUGAUGUUGUUGAACUACAGUUGCCACUAGCCAUGCUGGCUGGGGCUGCUGGGAGUUGUAGUUCAUCACCAUCUGGAGACCUAUAGGUUUCCAUCUCUGCUAGAGACACAGUGCUAGGAUUUUACUUAUUAAACUUGAAAUCUAUCACCCACCCACCCACCAGCUUCUAGACUAGUCUUUUUUUGGAGGGAUGUGCAUUAGCCUGUUUUUUAGUGAAGGUUUAAUCAGCAACCCCAUUACCUGUAAUGCCUGCACCUCGUGUUAUUUAUUUAUCCCCUCCAGUGCCUUUGUAUUGUGUAAAAGCUGCUAGAAAUCUCAGUGUACUUAAAAAAAGAACUUUUCUAUCCA